AUGGCCGAAGAAGUCUCCACCGUCUCCUAUGAGGACCUCGCCUUGAUCGAGGAGGAAUUCGAGGAUAUUGACACGGAAAUCUUGCGCCAGCAGUACAAGUUAAGCCAGCCAGCCUAUGCGAAACGCGAAGAGACGUUGAAGAAGAUUGAGAACUUCUGGCCUCUUGUCUUUGAGCAAGCUCCCAUGGAAGUCGACGGCUACAUUCAAGCUCAAGAUUCCCGUAUCUUCGCCGAAAGUCUACUCAGUAUCAAAGUUACAAGGCCUGAGAUCGACGACCCCAAGGGCUCACCUCGGAGCUUCACAAUCGAUUUCGAGUUCAAGCCAAACGACGAUUUCGAAGACACACAUCUCAGCAAGACGUUCUGGUAUCGACGCUCCAGUGACGAUGAGGCAAACUUGGUCUCUGAGCCGGUCAAGAUCAACUGGAAGAAGGGCAAGGAUUUGACGGAAGGUCUCACAGAUGGUGCCGUUGCGCUGUGGGAGGCACGGAAGAAGACGGGAGAUAUGGCCGGAAAGGGUCUGCCUGAGUACACUGCGCUGAAGGAGAAGGUGGAGAAUCUCAGCGGUGCGAACACUUCGUUCUUCACCUUUUUCGGCUGGGUCUCUAGCGGAAGGUGGGUGAGCAAAGAAGAGUCCGAGAAGGCAAACCAGGCGCACAGAGAGAAGCGUGCGGCACGUCAGCGCGGCGAAAAGAUCGAUGAGCCCGAGGAUGAAAAGGAUGAAGAGGAUGAAGAUUACGGUGACUCCGAGGUGGAAGUCCACGAAGCUGGCGAACACCUCGCCAUCACUAUUGCCGAGGACAUUUGGCCUAACGCAAUCAAGUUCUUCUCCCAAGCCCAAGAACUAGGCGACAUGAGCGAUGUUGAAUUCGAGGACGAUGACGAGGAAGAUGACGAGAGUGAGCCAGUGGACAUUCGUGCCCUCGUCGAUGAUUCGAAGAAGAAGAAGCGGGUGAGCGAUAGCGGACCGCCGGCCAAGAAGCAGAAGAAAUGA